AUGGAAGCAAAAGACGGACUUUCAAAUGCGGCUACAUCUAAGAAACCAAAGGCGAAGAAAUCGUUGAAGUCCGGAGUAGCGAAGAAGCCUCCUGCCAAGAAGGCAUCAGUGCAGAAGGCUUCAAUUCAGAAGACCAAGCCAGAGAAGUAGAUUUGAUGACAAGAGCCCAACGAAGACAGAUAUUUGGGGCCUGCUUCGACAGCAACCCGAUAUUGGUUAUGCGCUAUUACCUCCCCAAGGAGUUCGCUGUUGUUAACUUCCCGGUCAUGCCUUGA